AUGACUGCUUUGGAAAAGCGGGUGGAGGUUUUGACGAGAGAGUGCGCCACCUUCAAACGGGGAUACGAGAGAGAGGUGGUAUCGUUGAAAGAAAAGCAAAGAGUCAUGGAAAGGAAGAGAACAGCCAUGGAAAGAAACCUGGGGACAGUGAUGGUCCAGAAUGCAGGCUUACGGCACACAAUUCGAACGCAACAGGAGCAACUGGAAUGGUUUAGGGCAGAUAUCGAAGGAAGAGAAGCAAGUAGACAGUGCAUGCUGUGUCUUCGGGCAUACAAUGCCGAAGUUCUGCCCAAAACACUACGCUGCGGCCAUUCGUGUUGUGAGGAGUGUAUCGGUCGAAUCACGGUCAAGCACCGAGAGGACUCCUUUGCGGUGUGUACCGAAUGCCGGCGUUGGCACUUUGUCUCGGCUGUGGCGGGAUUCCCAACGUCGAUAAGCAUGAUCCCCGGCUACAUUCCACCACCACCACCACAUCUUCAGCUCUGA